CGGUUUUCGUGGACAUUUCACAAGUUAUCCGUUUGAAUGUGUGUUAAGCAAUAAUUGUCAACAUAGCGUUAAUAAAAAAUAGAAAUAGAGAGGUUUGAGAUGGGCGUUUGCGCUCCUAGCAAAGUCAGCCAACAAAAAAGCAAAAAUACUUUCAAAUUUAAUCAGUAGAUGGCAGCAAUAAGCUAAUACGGCUGAGUAAAUCCAACGAAGAAGACGAUUCAGAAAACAUGGCGGCGUCCUUGAGGAACGCAGGUAUCACGGGUCUCUUGAGUGCCUUGGCCAGGACUGGGUCAUUCUGCUCCUCUACUGGAUACAGAAGCCUGCACGUCACUGCAGUGUGUUGCAAGAACCGAGCCGCUCGUAUCCGAGUGGGGAAAGGAGACAACCCUCUGGUCUACGAGCAGGCGAUUCAUCCUCAUCACAUCGGCCAUCGGAAAGGAUGGCUGUCACAGAAUACCAGUAACCUCCGCGGUGAAGAUGGAGCCGCUCAACGGACCGUAGAGGACAUGUUCAUCAGGAAGUUCAUGUUCGGGACCUUCCACGGCUGCCUGGCCAACGAGAUUGUGAUCAAACGCCGCGGCAACUUGCUCGUUGUGUGCGCCCUCGUGCUGCAGAGGUUCUCACCGCUCAGGUUCUACUUUUUAAUUGGAUAUUCUGAGUCUCUGCUGUCACACUUCUACAAGUGUCCUGUCAAGUUAGAGAUUCAGACCCUGCAGCAAAAAGCUGUUUAUAAGUAUCUCUGAUGGAAACUGUGUCAUGCUACAUACUACGUGAUU